AAAAAACUUCUAUGUAAAAAGUGUAUUAUUGAUUAUAUGAUGUAAAGUUCUUUUGAUAUACAUGUAUUUCAAUAUUAAUAUAAAUAUAACUAAAUAUAUUUUAUAUUUAAAAUAAAAUAAAUAUAUUUUAACAUACCAAUAAAACAACAUCUCUUGUGUAAUACUUUAAUAAUAGUUGCUUUGUUUUAGCGAAAAAUUAGCGAUUUUUUAAAGAUUAUCAAUAUAUAAGUAUAUAGAUAUGAUUUAUACAUAAAUCUUUUAUAUUUAUAUUUAUACCUUUUAGAUUUGAAAUUUACGAAUAAUUCAGAUUCGAAUCCGAAUUAAAUCAGAUAUUAUCUGAUUUAAAUCGAUUCAGUUUAAAUUAUUUGUGCAUCUCUAAUACAAUAUAUCGCACAAAUGUGAUAAUAAUUCCAAGUUUGUAUAUUACAUGACAAUUAGGCAAUUAUUAUUAUCAUUAUUGCAAUUACUACAAAACUAAUUAUAUAGAUAUUAUACGGCAAACAUAGCACAUACAGUACAUAUAGUAUAUGCUUUUUGGGUUCUUGUGAAAUAACAUAAAACUCGCAUUUCACAGCACACAAGUUGAAAACAUAAUUCCAAAAAUAAAUAACAUCGAAAUAAAUACACGUAAAUACGGCAUGGUUCUUAAUUCGUCAAGUGAAAAAGAAAUAUACCAAAAAUAUGUAGUAUGUUUAAAGAAAUAUCAGCUUGCUAUAGAGUAAAUAACUCAUAAAAUGUUAAAUUUGUUUUUUUUAAUCAGAAAUUAACUUAUUAAUAUUAUUUUAACUUCACAGAUUUGUCGAUACGUUAGACUCAUCAUACAAAGGAUUUGCAUUAAUUAUGUUAUUAUUAAAUAUAGGUUGUAUGAGUUUAAUUGGAGUUCGUAUUGUCCAUGUAAUAAAUCAACUGAGCGAGGUGACAAGAUCUGUAUUUAUUCUAACGGGUUCAUUAGUGUGUCUAAUGGUUGUAUGUUACUCUGGUCAAAGAAUAAUGGACGAAAGUCAAAAUAUAUUUUACCGAGCAUACGCGGCAGAAUGGUACAAGUUCUCGCCUAGAUUAAAAUGCCUAUUAAUGAUAGUGCUUUAUAGAUCUAAUAUACCUUGCGGAUUAAAAGCAGGUAAUUUGGUUCCAUUAUCCAUAGCGACCUACGCAACAGUAAGUACCACAAAGCUGCACAUUUAUAGCUUUAUAACAGCCGUUAUGUAUGUGUAUGGAAAAAAAUGUAUACCUUUUAUUCAAUUAAAGGUAGUACGAACGGGCAUGUCUUACUUUACGGCGUUUUUGUCACUCCAGAACUCAUAACUGAGUAUUCUAUUAAUAUUUCGUCAGUCUAUUCAUUUGAUUCUAUCAUCACUAAAUUAUAAAAUACAGACUUACAAUGUUAUUCGUAAUAUAGUUUUAUCAAAUUGAUUGUUUUUAUGUUUCUUUCUAUUUGACACUUUUCUGCUGCAUUUUCUUCUUUUUUGUAAAAUACUGUUAUGUAAAAUACUGUUUUAUUUCGAGCAAGAGUACCUUCAAUAAACUACGUAGUAUAAUUAUAUAAAACCUUUGCAUACGUUAAUUGAACGGAAUGCUAUAGUAUGUUAAUCUAUGCAAAAUAAACAGUUUAGAGAAAGUGA